AGGCUAUGCUUCAGGAGGGACAAGUUGUCCUCUUCCUCAUUGAGAGAGGCAUUGCAGUGGUCAAUCUGCUCGCAUUUCUCUCCUUCUUCACCCAAUGGAGGGGUCUCAUUUCUUCCCACGGACUAUCUCCCCUCAAACAGUUCCAAAAGAAAGUGCUUAAAGCAUGUUGGGGGGAGGCCAAAGAUAAAGGGAGUCCAAGAACGUGGAAAGAAUGGAUCGCAGUUUUUUGCACUGUGCCAAGUCUAACCUGGUUUUGCAACGAGGACUGGUUCCUUGCUUUCCUUAUUUACGCGGGAAUCGGUUGUAGCGUUUUAGCGAUCGUCAACUGUUACGCCAAAUUAUCAUUUCUUGUCUGUGGAGUUUGUUACCUGUCUCUGAAAUCGGUCGCGGAACCCUUCUUGAGUCUGCAAAUGGACGGGAACCUAAUCGAACUUGAUUUUCUGUUCUGGCUUGGAACUCUCUUCGAUUCGUUUUAUCCUUUUGUUCAAAUCAUCACUUUGAGAUUUCAUGUGUUUCGCAUCAUGCUUGCAUGUGGACUGGUCAAAAUAUUCGGUAGUGCGUGCUGGCGAGAUUUCACAGCGAUGUGUUACCAUUACUACACACAGCCUUUGCCAAAUCCGUUAUCACCGAUCUUUCAUUUCUUACCUACUUGGUUUCAUAAGUUUAGUACAAUCAUGACCUUUUUCGUGGAAAUUGGAGUCCCUUUUCUGUAUUUCGGACCGGCUUGGGCAAGGUUGUUAGGCCUGCUGGCCUCGAUGGGACUCCUGGUGAUGAUUAAUAUAUCGGGUAACUAUGGAUUCCUUGGUCUGAUGACAGUGUGUAUAACACUCAGUCUGACAAACGAUUCACAUUGGCUGUUUUUCACGCCUGCAACAGUCCCACCAAUCACUGUAAUGCAACAUAUUAUUGGUACACUUGGUAUAGCUAUAGUUCUUUUCUACAAUUUUGUAUGUCUUGCUCCUCUAAUUCAGAGCUCAAAGUAUAUGGAUCCUCCGUUUUUUCUAAAUAAAUGUCAUCAGGCUCUUAAGCCGUUUCGAGUUACGAAUUACUAUGGAAAGUUUGGAUCAAUGCGAACCGAGAGAUAUGAACUGAUUAUUCUGGCAACAUCAGAUUGUCAAAAUUGGAAAGAAAUCGACUUCAAAUACAAGCCGGGUAGAAUUACCAAUCAGCCUAAAUGGGUUCCGUUUGGUCAUUUGCCAAGACUGGAUUGGCGAACAUGGUUCCUGCCGAGUUUGGCGGCGAAGAAUCACGACCCACCCGAUUGGUGGAGCAAUUUGCUGCAGGGUAUUCUGUCGAACAACAAGGAGAUCCUAUCACUACUGGAUAUGUUCAAGUAUCCAUUCACGAGUGAAGAGCGACCAGUGAAGCUACGAACUGCCAUCUUCAGGUACAAUUUUGUACCGCCCAUCAAGCACAAAGAAGAUGGGAAGGGAGACGAUGACGCUAAAAGUGAUGCUCAGAAGGUUUUCUGGAAACGAGAGCUGAUCGGAUUCUUCGGCCAUGAAGUAACUCGUACUGAAGACGAUUGAUUGAAGAUCAUCUGAGUUUUGUCGUUUUUUUAAGAUUCGCAAUGCGAACGUGCAAUUAUUUCCUUCAUAUUGCUGCUAAAUGUGCAAUAUAAUUUCUCCCGAGUUAUGCAAUAUAACAAAAAUUAUUUAAAUAAUGAAAAGUUUCAAACAGCUUUUACACUUAAAAUAUCAAUAUGUA